AUGUCUUCCAAAGAGACCGCUGAUGUUGAGAAAGCAACAAGCGGGAACAACCCUUCUCCUACGAUAACAGCUAGAGCUGUCGCCUCCAAACCAGUCGUAGCAUACGAUGAUGAUGAAGGCGAAGAAAGCGAUACGUAUGAUGAUUUUGACCAGGAGGAGUACCAAGAUGGCUCUGAAGACGAAGAAGAAGACGACGAGGGCCACGGAGCACCUCCCAACAAAUCAAGUUUGACCGCCCUCUUACUGGGGAACUCCGGUGUCACUAAUGGCAUCCCCGAGGUUAAUGCAGAAGAGGACGAAGACGAAGACGAGGGGGAAGACUAUCAUGAAGGCGAUGAGGACGAGGACGAGGACGCAGACGGAACUUUCAGCGCCCCCGCAUCCACUACAAGUACAACCAAUGGAAAAAAGCGCUCGAUUGGCGAUCUCCGCGAACAUGAUGAUGACAGUGAAGGAGCCCAGACGAAGAAAGUCAAAGCCUAG